AUGGGCUGGUUCGCCAAUGCAACGGUUAUUGCCGGCAUGCAGAGCAUGAAAUCAACGUCCGUUCAUGGCAUUGGCCUCAAGACCUCUGGGCCCGCGUGGGGCGCGAGCAUCGAGGCCGGCGCGGUGUUAAAGCUCGGGUCCAACGUCGAUAUCCGGCCGGAAGUGCAACUCGUGUAUCAGCAGGCUAACCUCAAGGGCGGUUGGGACGCCGGCGCCCAUGUCCGCUUCAGUAACGUCACCUCGCUCGCCGCCCGCGCUGGUGUCCGGCUGGGGCGGGUCUGGUCGCUGUCAGGCGAUACGGCCGGCGAGUUCGGUCUGUGGACUCGCACCAGCAUAUGGCACGACUUCAAGGGAGAGCCGAAGACGGAGUUCUCCUCCGGCAAGGGUUAUAUUCCGUUCCGAUCCAGCAUUGCGGGUUCUUCCGCUGAUCUCAGGAUUGGCGCCAAUCUUGUGCUGAACUCGGGCAUUGAGGGGGUUGUCAGCGCCGGCUACCAGCUUGGCUUUGACGGUCGCAACCACGGCUAUGACGGCCGGGCGGGGAUCAGGUUCACCUGGUGA